AUGUCUAAGAUCGGAUUAGCAGUAUUCAUCGUGGCCCUCACCCUGGUGCGCUCCGAGCCUCCAGUGAAUUCGUAUUUACCACCGGGCGGCGGUGGUCCUGGGGGUGGAAAUGGAGGAGGCGGCGGAGGACCGUCGAACACGUACGGACCACCCGGUUUCGAUAGUCAAAAUGGCAACGGAGGAGGCAAUGGGGGAGGUGGCGGUUUGUCGAACAGUUACGGGGUACCGACCGGUGGAAGUAACGGUUACAAUGGCGGUGGUUCUGGUAAUGGAAGACCCGGUUCGAACGGUGGGAGAAACGGUGGCGGCAGAGGAAACGGUUUCGGAGGUGGUCAGCCUUCCAGCUCCUACGGGGCACCGUCGAAUGGAUUUGGCGGAAACGGGGGCUCAGGAAACGGAAGACCAUCGAACAGCUACGGAGCACCUGGUGGAGGAAACGGAUUUGGCGGUGGUAGCAACGGUGGUCCAGGCAAAGGCCAGUUCAAUGGCGGACCGUCGAGCAGUUACGGAGCUCCCGAAACCGGAAAUGGUUUCGGUGGUGGUAACGGUGGUGGAGCUCCAUCCGGUCUUUACGGGCCACCGGGAAGGAACGGAAACGGGCAGGGGAGAAACGGUGGGAAUGGCGGCAACGGUGGACGGCCAUCGAGCAGCUACGGUGCACCAUCUGGGAACAAUGGAAGACCGUCGGGACUUUACGGGCCACCAGGCAGAAACGGAAAUAACGGUGGUGGAAACGGAGGAUAUAACGGUGGAAACGGAAGUGGCAAUGGCGGUUACCCGUCUGGUGGACCGGGUGGAAACGGCGGUGGCAAUGGCGGUUAUCCCUCGGGAGGACCGGGUGGAAGUGGAAAUGGUAACGGUGGUUACCCGUCCGGUGGACCGGGUGGAAACGGUAAUGGUGGUUACCCCUCCGGCGGACCGGGUGGAAAUGGCAACGGCAAUGGCGGAGGUUACGGCGAAAAUGGACAAGAUGAAAGUAACGAACCAGCGAAAUACGAAUUCUCUUACGAAGUGAAGGACGAACAGUCCGGAGCUGAUUACGGGCACACGGAAACCAGAGACGGAGAUCGUGCACAGGGUGAAUUCAACGUUCUGCUUCCUGAUGGAAGAAAGCAAAUUGUUGAAUACGAAGCCGAUCAAGAUGGAUUUAAACCUCAAAUUAGAUACGAGGGCGAAGCAAACUCCGAAGGAUACGGUUCUGGUGGACCGAAUGGAAACGGUGGAGAUAAUGGAUACCCAAGCGGAGGUCCUAAUGGAAACGGAAAUGGAAAUGGAAAUGGCAAUGGCAAUGGUGGCUAUCCAUCGGGAAGGCCAGGUGGCAACGGCGGUGGAUAUCCAUCUGGAAGACCAGGCGGUAAUGGUGGCAAUGGUAAUGGCGGAUAUCCAUCAGGAAGUGGUGGCGACGCCGCGGCCAACGGAGGAUACCAAUAUUAA